CCAUCUUCUCUCUCGGCCACCCCCAACCUCCUCCUCCUCCUUCUGCAGCCGCAGCCACUGCAGUGGACGUAACGCCCGGCUGCGCCGCCGCCGCCGAUCCUGCCGUUUCCUCCAAAUUGAUCGCGUCCGGCCUCCGUCCCCGUUGGAGCCGCACGCCACCGACGCCGGGCGGCGGCAGCCCGUGCACCCGCGGCUGACGAACUGGACCUGCUCCUCUCCGUCUCUUCGAUCAGAACCGCACACCCACGCCGUACUGCACGCCGCCGACGCCUGCGCCCUGGUUACAGGAGCUGAUGCAAGGUGUAGGUUGUACUAUGAGAAGGAUGGUUGUGCACAUCAAGCCUCAAAUUGACCUCAAUUGAUUACACUAGAGCUGGUUGAAAAUAAUACAUAAUUGAUUCUGGUGGUUCAAACAUGGGUUCUAGAUUUCCAUCACAUCAGCUGAGCAAUGGCCUGUAUGUAUCUGGCCGACCUGAGCAACCUAAGGAGAAAGCCCCAACCAUUAGCUCCAAUUUGAUGCCGUACACUCAUGGUGACUUGAAGAAAUCUGGAGAGUUUGGGAAGAUGUUUGACCUCCAUGCUGACAAGUCCAGAAAAUCUGGUCCUCUGGGCAAUGCGCCUUCGAGUAAUACUUUAUUUGGGGGUGCUGCUUCCAACUCUGGACCUGUCUCUAAUGCUGGUGGCCGGUCAAACUACUCUGGUUCUCUUUCAUCUUCACUUCCUGGUGCUGGAGGAUCAGCAAGAGCAAAAUCUAACUCUGGACCAUUCAAUAAGCAUCGAGAACAAGCAAAGUGGUCAACCGGUCCCCAGUCUGGAGGUGUGACCCCAAUGGCUCGCCAGAAUUCUGGCCCUCUACCUCCAGUGCUUCCUACAACUGGGCUUAUCACAUCUGGCCCUCAUUCUUCCGGGCCACUGAAUUCGUCUGGUGCUCCAAGAAGAAAAGUAUCUGGAUCUCUUGAUUCUGCUGCAUCAAUGAAGGUGCAGGCUACAUCGCUUGCUCACAACCAGGCUGUUACUACUCUCACCACCGAAAGUAGUUUCUCAGUUAAGGGAAGCAUUUCGAAGUUGGUACUCUGUGGCAGGAGAGGCGUGCUCGGGUUUGUCAAUAGCUAUCCUGAUACUGAUCUCAGAACUGCAAAAGGUGGAGAGUAUGUGAAGGUUACAGGGGUUGUUACGUGUGGAAAUUUCCCACCGCAGUCCUCAUUUCAAAGGAUUCCGAGAUGUGUGUACACUUCAACUAGGCUGUAUGAGUAUAGGGGUUGGGAUUCAAAAAUUGCAAACCCCAAGCAUCGCCGGUUUACCUGGGGAUUACAGACAGCAGAGCGCUUUGCGGUAGAUUUCUACAUUUCCGAUUUUCAAUCUGGGCUUCGAGCAUUGGUGAGAACAGGAAGUGGUGCACGGGUGACACCAUAUGUCGAUGAACCGGUAGUAAUUGACAUCAAUCCUGAGAACAAGGACAUGUCUCCUGAAUUUCUAAGAUGGCUACGAGAAAGGAACCUCUCAAGUGAUGGUCGGAAAAUGCGCCUAAAAGAAGGAUACAUCAAGGAAGGAAGCACUGUGAGUGUGAUGGGGGUUGUUCAAAAGAGCGGGAGCAUGUUGAUGAUAGUACCUCCAUCGGAGCCUGUCUCAUCUGGUUGCCUGUGGGGGAAGUGCCUAUUCCCAUCGAACCUUGACGGACUAGUCUUGAGAUGUGAAGAUACUUCAGACAUGGAUGUCAUACCAGUAUAGCAAGCUGAGUGUCUAGAUACAUCCGUAUCUAGCAAAUCUCAGACACGUAAUGUGGAUUGGAGGGAGUACUAAAGAUUGAGUAUGGCUGGGUAAUCUGUGUUUUCACUGUAUACCCCUUUCUCAAUGUAUUACGUCCUCUUUUGCUCAUUUUUGGUUAUGAGCUCUUAAUACGUGUGUAAUAUGGUGGCAUUUGGGUUGUUUGAAGACUUGUUCCCUUGGGUCUAAUAUAUACGUAUUAUUUAGGAUGGUUU